AUGAUUCAUGAGGGCUCACACUGCCAACGUCGAGUGCCAAAGAGAUAUACCCUGCUGGCUUUGGGCUUGGCGAUGGGAUGUGGUCAACUGACGCUGGGAUUUCUACUGAGGGCUUUGAACCCUCGAAGCAGACCAAAUGACCUGGCAGUUCCUCGCGCUUGCGGCCGUUUCAGUGGACCUGACGACAAGUGGCAGGCUGCUUUGGACCUUGACUUGUUCCACGCAGUUCUGGAUGGUGAGAGGGACACCGUGAAAGAGCUCCUGGUCCUUAAAGCUGUGGCUUUGUGGGCUUAUGCACCACGAAAUCUGCACGCAGUGCCGCAAAAUCUGAUCUUUUCGCGGAACGCCGCUCGAGAGCAGCAUUCCUAA